AUGGCUGGUGUUGCCACCUACAAAAUUGCUGGCCGACAGGUCGGCGGCCACCACCUCGCCAUGGGAAUCCUCGGCACCCUUUUCGGUGGCGCCUACUAUGCCGUCUCUGGUUCCAAGAAAUCCCCCGCCAGCGCAACUCCGCCGAUCAAUGCCUCCAGCUCCGACGAGGCCGAUUUCAUCAAGAAGUUCAUGGAGGAGCAGGAAAAGAAGCAUUAA